AUGAGCGGCGCGCAGGAUGUGGUGAUGUGCCAUGAUCGUGGUUAUCUGGUGACACAGGAAGAGCUGGAUCAAACACUGGAAAAUUUCAAAGAAACAUUCGGUGAUAAGCCAAGUGAAGGUCAUCCAACACGUAAUAAUUUGACAAUCCUGGUCGCACAUAACGAUGAUCCCACCGAUCAGAUGUUCGCCAUUUGUCAGCAAAUGCAAGAGCAGGCCAUAACGCGAGCAAUUAUUGUUGUACAGGCAGGCAUGACACCUUCUGCCAAACAGAUGUGCCAUGAUCGUGGUUAUCUGGUAACACAGGAAGAACUGGAUCAAACAUUGGAAAAUUUCAAAGAAACAUUUGGCGAUAAGCCAAGCGAAGGUCAUCCAACACGUAAUAAUUUGACAAUCCUGGUCGCACAUAACGAUGAUCCUACCGAUCAGAUGUUCGUGUUUUUUCCGGAAGAUGCGAAAAUUGGCAUAAAAACGAUCAAGGCCAUUUGUCAGCAAAUGCAAGAGCAGGCUAUAACGCGAGCAAUUAUUGUUGUACAGGCAGGCAUGACACCUUCUGCCAAACAGGCAAUAAGCGAUAUGGCACCGAAAUAUACGUUGGAGCAGUUUUUGGAAGCCGAACUUAUGGUUAAUAUAACGGAGCAUGAGCUUGUUCCGGAACAUGUGGUAAUGACAAAUGAGGAAAAGAAUGAAUUGCUAGCAAGAUAUAAAUUGAAAGAUACGCAGUUGCCACGCAUUCAGCAGAGUGAUCCAGUAGCAAGGUAUUUUGGUUUACGACGUGGACAUGUGGUCAAGAUUAUUCGACCAUCUGAAACGGCUGGUCGAUACAUCACUUAUCGACUUGUUGUAUAA